AUGGACAUCUGCCUGAUGGCAUACGCAUGGACAGACGACUAUGCAACUGACCACCCCGCUAGUUGUCAUCACUCGGAUGUUGCGGCGUCGUGGGUGGCCCUGUGCUGUCAAACUGACGCUGUCGCCUUACACCACCAAUCUAUCCCGCAACAGGAUUUGGAUACGGCUCACGAUUGUCCCACUGCCUGCACAUGCUCUCAUCUCGCCAAUCGUGUGCAAAGAUCGACUGACGACGUAAUCACCUUCACAGCUCUGCGUCAUGGCGUUGCAGAGAUCGUGGAACCAAGUCUCAAGGUCACUUGCACCAAUGCUGAUCUGACUUCUGUACCGGCUUCAAUCCCCGAUGAUACAAAAGAACUAUAUUUGGAUCACAAUUCAAUAGAAGAGGUGACGCACGAAAAUUUUGCGCACUUAAGGAAAUUGGAGGUUCUGAGUUUCGAUGAUAAUCCAUUCAAUUGCGGUCCUCAUAUGUCCUGGUUGAGCAAUUGGCUGCGACGCAACCAAGCCAUUGUGAUGGCUUCACCCUCUCUUCCUGCCUGUGACAGUCCUGCCCAUCUCAAGGGGUCCCCUCUGGUCAGUCUCGCUGAAGAAGAUUUUUACACUUCCGAUGAGACCUCAUCAAAAGCGCCCGACGAUAAAGACUUCUGCUCCACUGAAGACAUUGAGGUAGAGUCUCACUGUCCUGAUUCAUGCAUGUGCAAGAACCAACGAGUUGAUUGUUCAGGAAAGGCCCUGCGAGAAAUCCCCAAAGGCUUACCACCCGAAACGCGGGAUUUAUUCUUGGAGCAUAACGAGAUAAGAUCGAUUGAUUCUGAACGUCUUCGACGUCUGAAGAGUCUGGAGACACUGGCAAUUGGUCAAAAUCCUCUCCACUGUGACUGCAAUUUGCGCUGGCUGCAUGCCUUCUUUCGACUCAAGUAUUUGGACAAUGGGGUUUCGAUUUGUGCCAGUCCCGAGCACAUGAAAUUUAAGUCAAUAUUUCACUCAAAUUUAAAGGAUUUUUCAUGUUCUGUGGAGGCACCUGAUAUUAUAGCCAAAUGCAAUCCCUGCGUCACCAAUCCUUGCCUAAAUGGAGGUAGAUGCGAAGCAAUUAGCGGAGUGGAAUUCAAGUGUACCUGUGAGAUGCCGUUUUAUGGAGAUCGGUGUGAGAAGAAAGUGGAUGCCUGUUUCGAGAAACCGUGCAAAAAUGGCGGCACUUGUGAAGUGACUGAUGAUCUUGGUCACUACAGAUGUGAAUGCGCAGCAGGAUUUACGGGUUUGGAUUGCGAAGAAAACGUGGAUGACUGCAAAAAUGUUGAAUGUGAAAAUGGCGGUGUUUGUGUCGACGGUGUCAACAGCUAUACUUGCGAAUGCGCUUCCGGAUUUCGAGGCAAGCAUUGCGAACACAAGAUCCGGUAUUGUGUUGAUGAAAAUCCCUGUCAAAACGAUGGAGUCUGUGUGUCGGAAAAACCAACUGGCUUCAAGUGUAUAUGUCCUGAGGGGUGGGGUGGGAACGACUGCUCGAAGAAUUUAGAUGAUUGUGAGUACAAUAAGUGUCAGAAUGGUGGCGUAUGCAUCGACCAAGUUGGUGAUUACGCUUGCGACUGCCCGUAUGGCUUUACAGGUGAGUAUUGCGAAGCUCCAAUGUCUUCUCAGACAAUUGAUGUAAAGACCUCGGGAUCAUUCGGUUGUGUAUACAAUCGGUGCCUGAAUGGAGCGACCUGCCAGCCUGAUAUGUCGCCAAUGGGCUAUCGCUGUCAAUGCCCUCCUGACAUUAUACACAAAAUUUUGUAA